CAAUCUUCCGCAUGCCAUCAUGGCUCCGACUAACGGUUCUCCAGACCCUGAUCUCGACGAGGGUUUCUUUGAUUCCAUGUUCACUUCCCUAGCUGCCCCGCUCGCUGGAUCAAAGCGAGAUGCGGCCGUCAUGAGCGGUGAUGACGCCCAAAGCCAAUCGCUGUCCCAGGCGACGGCUACGGGCCAGAGGGAGUACCCAGCUGAACACGUCAAUCCACAAGUUUUGUGUUGCAGUCACUGCCCGGAAGUGCGCCCGUCUAAGCGCAGGGCUUCAGCGCACAAGGUUGGCGAGUUUCACAAUCUGACGGCAGAGUCGCACCCACCCAUUGGCACAGACCAGCAGUUCCCAGACGACUGCUUCGAGAAAUUCUGCCAGGAGUGCAACUUCGAUGCUACUUGUCCGCCGGACUGCGAGCUGGCGUGUCCUGGCGAAGACGUCUGUGAUGCUGUCUGCACGCCGGACGAUGCCUGCUUCGAUCCUCACUGCUCACAGAGUCCCAAGCAAUGCUCAGACGGCUGUGUCGACCCUGAGUGUACCAAGCUGUCAUGUCCGGACCAACCGUGCUUCUGCCAGAAGUGCGAUGCUCAGCCUUGUCCUUUAGGUGAUCCGAACAACGACUGUCACUUCGCACACUCAGCGCCUACUGGUGCUGGUACCAUAUACUGCUACGACAACGCACCUUGUCACUUCCAAGAGCAGUACCUGGGCCACACCGGUUCGCUUGCAGCAUACGAGACCUACCCGUGCUUCUCUCAAGCCCACACACAUCUCACCGGAGACAGUGCCUCAACACACGCCUCUACCGCGCCUACACCUCUGCUAUCGCCCAGCAACUACACCUCACUUGAGAGUGCUUUCACCAGCGAACCUUCUCCAGCACCUGGGCAGGCUGCCUUCGCUAACAACUGCUUCCUCAACAUUAGUGGAGAUCACUGCCACAUCGGCAACUCCUGCUGUCAUGGACCAAGCAGAGCAUGUGGAGACCGCCCUUCGGCGUCUCAGCAAAACCUCGACUUGUGGAACACCUCUAUAUCUCAGGGCAAUGGACUGUCGAAUGGCUUCAUGAACUUUGGCCUCCAUAGUCAUCCCACCUCACCGGUAACGAUGAGUGGAAUGUCGAACAGAGACAUGUUCAACAACCAGUUCGACAACUCGAUGAUGGGCUUUAGCAACAACACUUGGAUGCUCCCUGACUCCUCUUUCGGAAACAACUUUCCCAACGGCAUGGGUGCUAGCAAACUGGACUUCCUAGCCUCGGCCAUCCAAAACGAGAUAAUGAGUCCCAUGAACUCUCUCACCACCACACCCUUAAUAGACACUACCUCAAUCCUCGACACUCCAACACACUCCAGCACACCAUCAGGCGACUCAAACUGCGUCUGCAAAUGGCAACACGCCCCCGCCCUCCUCUGUCUCGCCGUCUUCCCCUCCGCCUCCGCCCUGCACAAGCACAUCAAAACCGCACACGUGGACAACUGCACAUCCUGCUACUGCCAGUGGGAAGGCUGCGACGCGUCCGCCAAAGACUUCAAGCAGCGCUCCAAGCUCUCGCGUCACUUGCUCGGACACGCAGGCUACCGGCCCUACGCAUGCAGCUACGCAGGCUGCGACAAGACGUUCGCCACGAACCAAGCAAAGGAUAACCAUGAGCGUACGCAUACGGGAGAAAGACCGUAUGUGUGUGAUCGAUGCGGGUAUACGACGACGACGCAUACGCAGUUACAGACGCAUAUUAGUGCGUUGCACGAGGGAAAGAAACCACAUAAAUGCCGGUUUUGUGAGUUUACCUGUGCGGAUAGCAGUAAUUUAAGUAAGCAUGAGAGGACGCAUCAGACUCUGCGCCCGUACCGCUGCCCUCACACCAACUGCACAUUCAAGCCCGACUGCCGCUGGGAGAAUCUCAAGCGGCAUCUACGCCGCUCCGGUCAUUGUCCGGAGCUGCUGGUCGAGGCAAGCGAGGAGUACAAGUCGUACAGAGAGAGCGUACGAAGAGAGAUUGAUGAGUGGCAUAAGAGGAAUGGGGAUGAAGGUACAGGGAAGAUGAGUCGAAAGAAGGGCAGAGGUUCAGUCGGCUAGCUUCCAUGCAUUUUGAAUCGGGUUGAGGAUGGAGAUUCUUGCUUUGGCAAUAUUGCAGCAUUACUUGCUUGUCUAGAGCAUCUUCAAGAAAAGUAGACGAUACCAUUGAUAUAUAGCAUCAUCAGAACAACGAACAUAUGAUAGCGAUCAGC